AUACCUUCCACUUCCCAAAUCCUCAAAGAAAAUCUUCAACAACACAACACUCCCGAUAAAUCUUUCUUCUACUCCAAUCCGAAACCAAAUUCCAAAUAUCAGAUACAAGAAUGUACGGGCAGAGUACAACAGAGUCCGAUUUAGCCCUUCUGGAAUCCAUUACAAGGCAUUUGCUUGGGGAAUCGGAGAGUCGACUCGGCGUUCCAGUAGCGGGUUGUGGUGGUAACCCGAUGUUCUGCCGGAGCUCCAGUUUCGGCAGCUUGGAUCCUUGCCUCACCGACACCUGGGGCGAAUUGCCGUUGAAGGAGAACGAUUCGGAGGACAUGGUGCUCUACGGCGUGCUCCGAGACGCCGUCAACGUCGGAUGGGUCCCAUCACUCGCUCCGGGAUCCACUGGGAGUUGCAAUUUCGGGUUUUCAGCUACUGCCGUGAAAUCCGAGCCCGAAUUCUUCACCGCGGUGAAAUCGGAGCGCGAAAGUUUACCUCCGGUGGUGAAUAGGUUGCCGGAGGUUUCUCCGGCGCGCAACGAGGCGGCGCCAGCGGUGGUUCCGGCGAAGGGGAAGCAUUACAGGGGUGUGAGGCAACGGCCUUGGGGGAAGUUCGCGGCUGAGAUUCGUGACCCGGCUAAGAACGGCGCGCGGGUCUGGCUGGGGACUUUCGAGACGGCUGAGGACGCCGCGCUGGCUUACGACCGAGCCGCUUACAGGAUGCGCGGCUCCCGAGCCUUGCUCAACUUCCCGCUCCGGGUAAACUCCGGCGAGCCCGAUCCGGUGAGAGUGACCUCAAAACGGUCGUCUCCCGAGCCAUCUUCACCGGUUUCUUCAGUUCAGAGCAGGUCGCCGAAGCGGUCGAAGAAGGCUGUCGGGCCGGCGGCUCAGGCGCAAGCCGGGUUGCAAGUGGGUCACCAAGCGGCUUCGUGUGCAAGUGGGCAACAAAUACUGGUUAGCUAAAUGCACACAACGGAGGAGGGCAUUUCAGACUUAUCGAGAAAAGCAUACACUGUUAUUAUCACAUCUGGCUUUACCAUUUUGGAAUAUGUUUGGGAGAAAAAUGAAAAUAAUAAAAAAGAAUGGGUGUAAUGUAUAAGAGAAAGAGAGAGAGGGUUGUUUGGAUCUGUAAAUACACGAGAUUUGUUUAUUUUUAUUUUUGGUGAAUUUCCAUAGAAAUGGAAAACUUUUGGUUUU